CAUUCCCCAUGGCAGCUCUCCCUCUGGCAGCUCUCCCUCAGGCAGCUCCCCCUCUGGAAGCUCUCCAGCCCACUCCGGCAAACCCUCUCAGCCCGAACCCUCCAGCUCCGAGCCCUCCGGCGAAUCCCCCGUCUCCCCCGGCGGCAACGGUGCUGGUUCCGAGUCCGAGCAGCCCAGUGGUGUUUCUCCCGAGAACCCUGCCUAUACGGGUGCUGCUGGUAAGACCCAGCCUGCUGUUGGUGUUCUGGUUGGUCUUGUUGGACUUAUGGCUUUCUUCUAA